UGUUAUACUUGGGGACGUGGAAAACAAGGCUCUCUAGCGUGAAGUGCGUGGGCUUAGUACGUCUCCGCGUGUGUUUGCACGCUACGGAUUACAACUUCCUAGCAUUCGAUCUGAAAGUAAUCUUGUUUAACGGCUUUUCGACCAGGCAGGAUUUGGGUGUCCGGCCAGACCAAGGAGUGUCACUGAAAAAUACUGAACGAAAAGGUUACCCACAGCUGGCAUAACCUCCUUGAACCUGGACAUCAGUAGUCAUGACCGGGAUGGCUAGGGCAAUGACGACACAUUAACAAGCAAGAGCUGUAUCUGAUUAAGGAGGUGCAGUUAUCAAACUAUAUCCUAAACAGUUUUCUCUAGUAAAGGAGGAGACCUUCUGGAUACGUUUACAUUUGGGUUUUAAUGAGGAAGAAGGACUGAAGGCCACAUCGGUCAGGGUGUGUUUCAAAAUGAGGAUAUAUCUGGGGGACUGUUAAGGAGUCUUAUCAAAAGGGGAAGAUCCAAAUAGUGUGCCCAAAAAGCCUGCUGACUACAAGAUCCUUGAAGACUCUUGAACCCCUCAGAAACUGGAGUGAAAUCCCUGUGUCUUUUUGUUGCCCUUCUUCAUCUAGUGCCCACCCCCCUCCUUCCAGAUCAGACUGCAGUAGUCUGGAGAGGGGUGGGCUCUGUCUCUUCCUGUCUUCUGAUAAAGUCACUGAAGUAUUGAAGGCCAUCAUGGAUUUCUGAGCAAAGAAUGCCUCACAGCCUUGCUCCCAUCAUGGGGACUCCAGAGAUGACUGGUUGGCACCGUCCCACUGUCGUUCUGGCUUUGUGCUGCACCAUGCUGCUGGUUUCCGGAACUCCCUUUCCUAAGGAUCUGGAACCAAUCAAUACAGUCGGUGGCCAGGUCUCUUUUCUGCAUCCUGUUUUCCAAGGCCUGAAUCCAGACAAUGAUACUCUGCAGCUUGGCCUGGACUUCCAAAGGAUGAUCAGGAUUCACCAUAUGCUGUACAUUGCAGCCAGGGAUCAUGUGUUUGCGAUCAAUCUGAGCACCUCAGCGGAUGAGAUUACUCCACAGUAUAAGCUGACCUGGAAGACCAAACCUCAAGACAUGGAAAAAUGUGCAUUAAGAGGAAAGAACAAUGAUGAAUGCUACAACUACAUCAAAGUCCUAGUCUCUCGAAAUGACCAGACUCUCUUUGCCUGCGGAACAAACGCCUUCAACCCUACUUGUCGGAACUAUAAGAUGGAGACCCUGGAGCAGGAUGGAGAAGAACUUUUGGGUCAGGCGCGAUGCCCUUUUGAAUCUAAACAGUCUAAUGUGGCUCUCUUUGCUGAUGGCAACCUCUACUCGGCAACUAUGGCAGACUUCCUAGCCAGCGACGCAGUCAUUUACCGCAGUCUGGGGGAACGUAGCCCUGUACUCAGAACGGUCAAGUAUGAUUCCAAAUGGCUUCGAGAGCCACAUUUUCAUCAUGCCAUUGAGUAUGGGAGAUACGUUUAUUUUUUCUUCAGUGAAAUUGCAGUUGAGUACACGACCCUUGGAAAGGUGGUCUACUCCCGAGUAGCCCGUGUCUGUAAGAACGAUAUGGGGGGGUCUCCCCGUGUGCUGGAGAAAUACUGGACAUCAUUCCUCAAAGCUCGCCUUAACUGUUCAAUUCCUGGGGAUUCUUUUUUCUACUUUGAUGUACUGCAAUCUGUGAGCAAUGUAGUACAGGUCAACAUGCGGCCCGCUGUCAUCGGGGUGUUUACCACCCAGUCCAACAGCAUCACAGGAUCUGGAGUCUGUGCCUUUUACAUGGACGACAUUGAGAAGGUUUUCAGUGGCAAGUUUAAGGAGCAGAAAACUACUGAAUCAAUCUGGUCUCCUGUUCCAGAUGAACGAGUUCCCAAGCCCAGGCCAGGCUCCUGUGCCGGAGAGGAAUCAGCAGCUUCCUAUAAGUCGUCCAACACCUUCCCUGAUGAGACACUUUCCUUCAUCAAAUCUUACCCUCUAAUGGAUGAUGCUGUGCCUUCAGUUAGUGAAAAGCCCUGGUUCACCAAGACAACUAGCAGGUAUAAGCUGAAUCAGAUCGCCGUGGACACUGAAGCGGGUCCAGAUAAGAACUACACAGUGGUCUUUCUUGGUUCAGAGGAUGGGAAGAUCCUCAAAGUUCUGGCGAGCACUGCUGAAAAUUCAACUAGGGGUAGUUUACUUUUAGAAGAGGUUGAUGUCUACAAUCCCAGCAAGUGUAAUAAGCACCUAGAGGACAGAAGGAUUCUGGGACUGGAGCUCGACAAAGAGCAUCAUGCUUUGUUUGCAGCUUUUUCCAGCUGUGUGAUCCGAGUGCCACUUAGCCGUUGUCAGAAUUAUGGCAGAUGCAAAAAGACCUGCCUCAGAUCUCAAGACCCCUAUUGCAUAUGGCUGAAGAGUGGGACGUGUGCCAAUCUUCCACCUGGAUUCAAAGGCAGCUUUGAACAAGAUAUUGAAAAUGGAUAUUCCCAAAGUCCUGAUAGCUGUCACGACAUCUUGGCUACUCCCCGAAAUCAAAACCCCCUUGGUGAUCCAUCCUAUGGAAAGACCACACCCACAAGCUCCAGUGCCAUCAAUCAGGGAUAUCCAAAGGUCCCGGGUCGGGCCGAGCCAGAUAAUGGCCAAGACAGCCUCUCUCCCUUUGGUCAGGGCGGGUCACUUGAUUCAAUGGCAGUGGAUGUGGAGAUGAAGGGGGUGCGGAGACAGCCUGAAGCUGACAAGUCUUCUCAGAGUGUCCACUUCACACUUUUGAUUGCAUGUGUGGUCGUAGCUUUUGCUUUGGGAGCAUUCCUCUCUGGUCUCCUAGUAUCCUGCUACUGCAGCCAUGUUUCCCACAAGACUAAAAAGUUGAACAAGGAACCUGAGGCUACAAUUCCCCAUGCUUUAUCCUUGAGAAGUUUGGCCAAGCUCAAUGGACUGCUAGAUGGACCUGGACGGGAUGAAAAGAUGGAGGUAUCCUCCCCAAAACUGUAUCACACUCUGAUCUCCAACGUGAAGGAACAGCAGGUCAAUGGCAAUACACGGGCAAGUUCUGGGAAUGGAAAGGGUGACUCUCAUCAUGUUCCCGAGCUAUCUGGACUGCCUACUCCAGAAUCCACCCCAGAGCUGCCUGUCAAGAGUAUGAAAGCUUUCCGCAAUCAAUGGGAGAAAAACCAGAACUGUAACAAUGCAAAGGAUGUGAGGAAUCCCAUUAUGACAGGGUCUAGACCUAAUUCAGGAGUACCUGUUCAAGUCUUCCAGUUUCCCAAUUCUUUGGCUCUCUCAAGCAGUGGGCAAGUCUUGGGAGGUAGCAGUCACCUUCAUUUGGAAGACAGAAAGAUACCAAAUGUUGAAAGGAUUAAGACCCAAGCAUACUCUUGCUAUCCGCAGAAAAUGGUUGACGUCAAUACUUUAGAUGAGCUACUCAAACACCUUCACGAGGCCAACAUGAGUAAUAGUGCAGGGAAAAGCAUCACAAUGAUCAAUGCUCCACAGUUAACUAAUAAUGGCCAAAUACCUUUUGCAAAUCGUGUGCAACCAAAAAUCCCAGACACAGAAUCUGCCCCAUACUACAGCUCCUCAACAUUGCCUCGGGACAGUUUGACCAGGCGGCUGGAUGUUCCACCAGAUAUGCCCCCACCACAGUCCACUCUGGAGAGAUCAUCAAGGCACCCUUCCCAGAGGCACUCCAUGUGUUCUGCGCCAAAGAUGAUUAAUGGAUGCAUUGUGUCUCGGCAGCACAGUUUCAACCACAGAAGCGGGCAGCCUCCACCACCUCUCCUUGCUCGUAUGAAUUCGACUGGCAGCACCUCAGACAGCCACAGGCCCUUCCAUCCAAAUGGCUACCUGUCAAGACAGCAUAGUUACAAUGAGCAAGAAGCAGUACCUAGGGGGGGCAUCGUAAGAAGGACAUGUUCGCUAAAGCCAGAUGUACCACCUAAACCCAUGUUCAUUCCUGCAACAUCACCUGUCAACUCCUCAAACCAGUUCAACUAUUAGACAUGUCUUGAGUAAAUGAACUGCAACACGUUAAGUUAAAAAAAAAAAAACACAUCAGAAAAUAUUGACUAGCUCAGAACUUUCAGAGAGACUGACCGCGGGAAAAAAACUUUUAAGCAGGAAUGAAGCGUUGAACCCUCAACAAAUUCAGGGGCAGAAGUCUGAGACCUUGAUAAAUGUUGUUGUACCAUAUUGGUAUUGUCUGACGCUAAUAAACUGAAUGUGGCAGGAUUUGACAUAAAAAAGAUUACAUACGAAAGGACGUGAUCAUGAGCGAUAAAGAAUGGUAGCUCAAGACUUAUAUCGGCAGACCACACCUUGCUUAAAAUGAUAAAAAAAAAGAAAUUUUUUUGCACAGGAAUACAACCACUAAACUGCUAUUAUUGGGACAAGUAAACAUUUCACAGCUCGUAUAAAGAUUCAAAGCUGAUUAAAGAGUUUUAAUGCACUGCGCACUUGCCAAUUGGAUUCUGAUCACUCAAAUCAUCCAAUUCCCCAAAUCUGCAAUUUAUAAGGCAAGAGAAACUGAUUGCCUUGCAUUGUUGGAUUUCCUGUAGUUUAAGAGCAAAUUGUACACUAAUCUUUCCCACACGCACUUCUUCAGUGCUGGACAGAACCCCCUGAGCGUGACUCACAAGAGCAAUAACCGUCCCAAGAUGAGUUUGAGAGACGCAGAAAAUUAUGAAGGAAGGGGAUAGCCCUUCUCCACAUUGCCGCUUUUCAGAAGAAAUGAUAAUAACUGUUAUAACUGGUGACCCCCUUGCCACUUUAACACAUCAAAACAGCUUUUCUCCUCCUUAAGGAAACAGUAAAGAUUAAUACAUGUGCAGUGUUGAGCUAAAAGCUCAUUGGGGUUUUUUGUUGAAUUUUAUACUUUGUUUCAAGACAAACAAAAAAACGUGUUAGUUAGCCCCCUUGCUCACAACAGAAAAACUCAAAAUGAAAAUUGCAGAAGGUGAAAAACGCGCCCACCCCCCAACAUCUAAUAAAGGACUGAAAGGGAUGGAGAAAAGAAGAAAGCAUCCUAUCUGAGAAGAACCCAUGAACCAUCUCUGCUGGAAAAGGCAACCUGGCGUAAUGCCCACCCAGUCACAUGAACGAAUGAAAGGGCACUAUAAUCAUUCGGUCUUUAAAGCUGCAGGGGCAUUGGCUGAACAGUGUUUUUUACGUGCUCACACACUCAACACAGUUUUGGAUUUUCUACAAAAAUAUGAAAUAAAUAAAAGUAUGUAAUAAAGACUGUUAUUAUAAAAGACUAGAUGAGUAACAGUGUAAAUAAAUAAGACGAUCAAAAGAAUUUCAAUAAUUAGCCAAAUUCAAGUUGUUUUGUGUAAAUGUGUGCCUUAUUUAAAGCAAAUGCAAACAGCUAACAAACUUUUUUUGGGUUUGGGAGGGUCUAGAGGAGGGGAUAAUAACAGCAGAUUAUUGAGUUUUAUUUUUCUUUCUUGUUUUUUUUCAUAUGUAUGUUGAUAAAUGUCUCUUUAUGCUUGUUGGCUUCAGAUUUUUUAUCGUUCGCACUUUGAAAGCUGCAUACACCGCAGGAAGGUCCCCAAGUUCUAGGAGGAGUAGAAACCUGCAGUUGUGAAUUGGUAGUCUAAUUAGUUGUGCUGGCCCUUUGACUCAUACUAUCUGGUAGUGUGGCUGGCUGCACAGAUCAGUCGUUCUCCUCGGUGUGACGUGCCUCACAUUGCACUCUUUUCGUAAUUGGACUUUACCGCUCUUCUAAUUCAGUCAGACAUACAUGUACAGGUGCUUUUAUUUUACAGCAUUCAGAAUGAGAUGAUAGUGCUUUGGGAUCAGUUUAAGGACCACUGGUGCUCAUCACAAGUGAUUCAGUGUGGUCAUUCCUGUCUGCUAGGCAUGAAUAUUUGGGUUUCUAAAUGAUCUGUUACUAGCCAGAGGGCUUUACACCCCGAUUUCUGCAGUCGCUGGACAGCUCAAGAAAUGUUAUACCCUGUCAGGGCAGAGUGAAUGGCGAGAGUCAAGAAGUCGGUUCUGCUGAAAUCUGUUUUAUCGAGUGACAUGUUGCAAUGCUUAUUUUCUUAAUCUUUGUUGGCUUAGAAACCAUAGAUUGCGUAAGAAGUCUACAUUUUUCAAAGUAUCUAAAUAUUUGGAGAUCUGUGUUUUUAAUGUUUUUUUGUCACCAUUGGUUCUUAUGAACAUUUUAAGAACGUUCCUGUGCCUGCUCUGUGAUGAUAGACGCUGAAGGGUGUUUAAUUACCAUUAGUGUUAAAAGUCUGGCCUUCUGCAGUAGAACUGAUUCUUGGUGUCAUGUUGUGCCCCCCACAUUAAAUUAGAACCUUGGUCUGUGUAAAUGGCGAUGUGGGAACAACCACAGUAAUAUGCUGAGCCAGCAAUAACUAUAUGAGUAUUUCAUAAAUGUAUUUCAUUCAACUUACAGGGGGAGUCAAAAUUAUGUUAACAUUUGAAUGGCGGAAACAAUUUAUUCACGAAACAUACUUCAUAUGUGCGAGUUGAUUUACAGGAAUGUCUGUUUGCCAUCAUGUUCAGUACACGUACCAUAUGUGGCACAUAAAUUGUCCACAAAAAGUAAGUAUACACAUAGCAGCACCAUUAGUGUUAACCUAAUUUUGACUCACCCUGUAUUUUUUAAUGUAGUCAUGAGCAAAAUGAUUCACGUGAAUUGAAUUCACAGCAAAAUGUGGUGUAUCUCUUCACUAAAAAUUUGCAAAUUAAAUUGCGUUUGGAUUUUGGUGUAAUUCAUGGCAUUCACACAAGAAGAAGGGCGUUUAAUUCCUGUCUAAUCACAUGUGUCUGCCUGUCAUUUAGUAAUUAAAUAAAAAUCUCUGAAAAAUCACUGAAGUGUGCAUAUCCUCAACUAGGGUAAGAUGUUAACUAGGUGAUGGUGAGUUAGGGGAUUUUGGGUAAAGGCAGUUUUCCAUUUAAUGAGUUUUCCCAUGGAAAACAAACAGUAAUGAGUAUGAUGGCGUGUUUUAGUGUGUCUGUGUACAGAAAAUACAUAGCCUAUCACAUUUUUUUAAAAAACGUACUGCACUCCUCUGUGGUGAUGUGAAUGAGAGGCACAAAUAGAAUAGAUAUUACUGCUGUAGUACGGAUUAUGUGAUUUACACUGGUGAACAUGCAAGUAAGUGUGACUUUAGGGAGCAGUAUUACUGGUUUUCACCCAAAAAUAGAAACUUUAAAACCCUAAAAAACUCUUUGGUAAGUUUCGCUUUAGUGGAAUUGCCUAUGAAAUGAAUUGUAGUGUCAGUUCUAUGUGAAUUAAAACUUGCUUGUUUCGCGCAUCGCUAUUCUUAUUUAUCAGUUUCCUCACUAAGAUGGCUGACUCUUACACUGAUAUAAAAGCAUAAAAUAAUAAUAAAAACAAAACUUUACUAAUUCUUACAGAUACAGUAAGAAAAAAAUCCAUAUUUAAAUAUAUAAAUAAGAUAAUUUUAUAUAAUUACUUGUAUUCAUUUAUAUUGACAGUCUAUAACAAUGAAAAUAGUGUAAUACAAAUGUAAUAAAUAGAAAAAAAUUUACUAAAUAGAAUACUUAAAAUAACUGAAAAGAAGGAAAAAAUGAGACAACAAGACAAAGGUCUUAAGCCAAAUGGCCACUCAGUAACCCCAGAUUUUGAUUUAAGCAUCUUUAAUUUAAAUAGCAUAACUGAGAAAUUCGUGUCUCGUUUUAAUAUACACAGACAUGUGUUUGAAAUGUGACAACUACAGCUGUGUGGUUGAACAGCAUCAGUUUCAAUGUGGAUAAGCAUUACAGGGUUUAAAACCUGUGCCAACUGUAAAUAAUUAUUGUAGACAAAGCUAGCAAGAUGAGAGCUUCACUCUUCAGGUGAGCAUCUAAGGCACGUUCAUUUGAGCCUGUAUGGCUUUCCUUCUUUAUUUCAUAAGGAAAAAUCGAUGCAUUGCAUAAUUCAGGAUCUAAUUGAGUCAUUCUGUGAUAUUUGGAUGUUGAGCUGGUCAUUGGUAUCAAAGGUUAUUAUCUAUUCUGACAUCUUGUUCCAUGAUCAAAAGGAUUAACAUGGUCAGUGUAGCAGUUUAGCCUUGGCACAGGAAGACAGUGAGAAGAAACUGGAAAUGUAGAAGAGUCCAUAAAAUGAAGACUACCACAAUUUCUAUAUUAGUCAAAUAGCCACCAAUUGUCUUUUUAAGUAUGAGCAGCCAAACCAGUACCUCUUGAUGUGUCAGCCUUGAUUUAAAUGUUGAGAUUGAUUGAGCUUUCCUUAGUGGUCAAAUUAUACCAGAGUUGUGCAGUGACAAACUCUUCUAUCCAUCCUAGAUUUCUUCAUCCUUGGACAUUGUGAGAAUAAUUGCACCUUGUGAAUACAGUGAACACUCUGGAGGGUAGCCAUUAGUCAAGUCUGUUAUGUAAAAUGGAGCACAGCCAUCAGUCACUGCAGCUAUUAGUCAGAGAAUUUUGAAAUCUGCUCUAAACGUAACUGGAAACUAAUGCAGUGACUCAAGAACAAGGGUUCUUGGACUCUAAGGUGUUAUCGUUUUGGCAGCAUUUUGAAUUAGCAGCAGGCAGGAAAUACAGAGUGGUGCAUGAAAAAGCAUCCUGGUCUCAGUAUCAGAGUCAUUAAGAGUUUGAUUAUUAAUGUGAAGAUUAUGUUUUGCUUUAAGAGUUAUUUUUUAAUUUAAUUAUCAUUUGAAGAAUGUUACUGAUCAUUUUAAAGGCUGUGCAGAAAACAGUCUCCACCAAAAACAAUGCAAUGUUCUGUACAUUGUAAUAAACAAUUAGUCGAUUUCUGAGGACAUUUAUCUAUAUGAUCUGCAAUUUUGCCAACAACCUCUGCUGUAUGGAUGAAAGGGUUUCUUGGUUUUGCAAGCCAAUAGUAGGCCACUUUCUCACCAAUUACUAAUUUGUGCGUUUUGUAGGAUCAUUCACAACUGGGUAUUAUUCAAUGCAUCUUUCGCACGUUGACCUGAAGAAGCGUCACAGGUGAGACAUGCUGUUCCAGUGCAUACAGCAGGUCUUCUCAUGAGCACAGGACUCUCCACUAGUUUCACUUAACUUCAUUGUCUGCAGCUAAAACCAGGCCAGGGUCCCUUAACAUGAGUGGGGCUACUUUGUGGUGCACCACCCAGUAAAAUGAUUCAAUAGCCUGUGGCUGUAGCAUUACCUGAGUCGAUUCUGUCUAAAAUAUUUUAAGCAAUCUUUCAGUUUCUUACAUAGUGAGGAAGUGUAUUAAUUUUGCUAUAUUGAGUAACCUUAGGAAAUUUGGUUAUAAAAUGAAGCAGGAAGUCAGGAAUCUGUUACUUUCAGUCCAUCAAAGCCAUGUGAUUUUUACCAGAGCAGCAAACAUCAUCCCACAUUGUAACAGAACAUUACUAAUGUUUGAUUCUUUCUUUAAAGGAUGCUGUCUUGACAACUUUCCAAAGUUUCAUUUUUCUGUGGGAAAUCAGAUUCCUUGAAAACCAUUUCUUUGACUUAUUCCUUCUUGUGGUGGGAGGUUAUUUCCUUGUAGCUUCUGUUCCAGUACAAUGCCGCUUGUUUCAGACUUUUAUGUGCUAUGUACAAUUGGCUUUCAAUUAAAUUAGCCUUUAUGAUAUAGUUAAAACUGCCCCAAAGUGCUUAACGUGUACAAAAUAAAGAUAUUUAUUCUUACAAAUCAAAAAAUGACUGGUUACUCGUUUAAGUUAGUUAGUGCUCAAGUGUGAUUCUGGGACGCUGUCCUGCUUCUUGCCUGCUUGAUUUAACCCACACUGACCUGUUUGGAGCCUGCAAAGCAUCCAACAAUCUCCUCACAUUAAAUUACAAAGCCUUAAUCCAGAAAUGACUCUUUGAGUUCAACAUCUAUUUCCCAUAAUUACCCUGAACAUUAAAGUAAUUAUUUCUUUUCACAGUAACAGCAGUUCAAAAUGGCAAAUUUAUCAAAGAUGUAUAUAUAGUCACUUGACUGCACUGCUUCUGACAGCAGCAAUGCUAUUUUUGUUGGUUUCUCACCAUACUUGACAGCCAACUAUUCUGUCCUUUGUAAAUGGAGACAUAUUCAGCACUACACGGAAUAUGAAUGUCUUAAGUACUACAAAAAAUUUCUGGCAAAUCACAAUAUGAGUGGUGUUCAUUUCUUCAGGGUAAAACAGUAACACUGAUCCCCUUUGUAUGGCUCAUGACAGUAAAUCAUGGAUUCAGUUACAGUGAAAGAGAGGCAGAGCAACACAUCAGCAUCUGAAACUGCUUCUUCAUUUACAAAUGCAGACUCAAAUACAGUAUAACGUUGCCAUUCUAAGUUUCCAUCCACUUUUUUCGCAGCCAUAAUGAUAACAGUCUUAGCAGACAGAACAGUCACGGUGGUAACAGGCUUAGCAAGCUUCUAACAAGCAAUUCCAUCUUGUUCUGGUUAAUUAACAAGCAUGACCAGGCUCUUUGAGAAAUAUAAUUCCCCUACCAUGUUCUGAGUCUGAUCUCACUAGAUGUUGCUUGGUACCCCUGUGGAAACUGUCCAGGGGUCCCGGACCACAACAACUGUCUCAUCUCAAUCCGGAGCAGUAGCAGUGCUACCUCAACAUCUUCUCAGAGUCUGAAGUGCUUUGUCAUGUCACCGAGUACACCACACAGCCUUGUUUUAGCAACUCAUAUCUAAUUCUUUCUGACAUCAAUUCAUUCCUCAUGAUAGGCUCACCUAACAACUUGUCUUCUACUUUAUUACUAAUGAUUGGCAUAAAUCAACUUGGCACAGCUAGCAGAUUAACCAGUCCCAAGGAGCACUUGAUACCAGGACCGACCCCUGAAGCCAGGCCAUAGGGUACCAUUGUAUGACCUCAGUCAAAGAUGCUGCAGGGAGCCACAGUAAUGGCUCACUACACACUAGGAGAGGGGAGAGGGAGAGAUGCCAUGCUUACUGGUUGAUAACAGACACGUGUGGGCUGGAUUUAGACUGACUUGGGCAGUAUGUGCAUUGAAACGAGCCAAUAUAAGCUCUGCACAGUACACUGACUACCUGCCAUCUGGGCAGAUCUGAGCAUUCAUUUUGUGAGCUUUGUUUCUUUUCAUCUCAUGCACCGUUAUCGUAAGUAGUUUGUGUAGUUAUAAUGAAACGCAAGUAACAAAUUGGUAGUUAAAAAUCCAAUCUAAGGGAUCCAAGCAAUUUUUGAUGAUCUUUGGCUGUAUUUGUUUCCAAUAACAGGAAACAAAAGUAGCAACAACAGCAAUGGAAGUAUGAGUAAUGUGUAAUUGUGGUAAAUAUCUUGACUAAUGAGCUUCAUUUCUUAUUAAAUUUCAGUCGUAUAAGAAUUUUAUGCCUUUAACUCGCUUCUAUGACAUGGUUCCUGCUCUCUCAUCUCCUCAUUUCCUUAGUUGUUAUCUAGCCGGCCAGCAUCUACCCGUGACACUUGUGGUGAGCCCAUGGUUAUCAAUUGUGAUAAACUAAGAAGAUUGGCACCUCCUCAUAACAGAUCAAUAGAUGAUUUAUUUCAAAGCAAGUCAGAUGGAAGACCUGUCUUGAAAGUUGCAUUGGCAGUGCUUUACGAUGGUCAUAAAAGUGAGCAAACCAACAUACCGCUAAACUCGUUUCCACAUUUGAGUAAGCCCACGGUUAGAUACAGUUGCAUGAAUUAUGUUUCUCCUUUCAUAUUUAUUAUUUGAAAGUAUUGUUCCUUUACAAAACAGUUAUAUGGUGGUAGAUAACAUCAUUUUAAUUUUUACAUCUACAGCCCUGGCAUAAUUUAAUUACCAACUGAUAACUGGCACAAACACCUGUCUGGUGCAAGCUGACUGCCUUGAGGUCAAAAUCUCAAAUUAUCCCGGCAGCUCAGUGUGGGGUAACACCCCAUGGGACCUUACGGCCCAUUACUCCUCACCACUAGCACAUCAUCUUAUCCUGCUAUUAUUUCAUAAUCCUAACCCUAACACAAAAUGGAAAAGACUGUCCCACUUUUUUUUUAUUGCAAAAACUAAAUUCAGUUUAUGAGGAACAAUCCUAAGGUCUGACAGCCUGGCAGGCAUUUCUUCUUGUCAUUAGCUGAGCAUGCUCAACCAUUGCUAACCUUUCAGCUCUUUCAUGGUCUCGGGGUGAUUACUUCAUAUUAAAGCUUUUACAAUCUGAGCAGAACAAGAUGUGGUACUGUAUGUCUUUUUGAUCUGUAAUGUAUGCAUUGUAAUAAAAUUUUGAAGUCAAUAAAAUAAAAAAAAAAAUUAAAAAGA